AUGGAGGACGCCUUCGCACAGCUGUGCACUGUCUCUACCGGUGUCGGUCCGCCAGCAGCCAAAUUCCCGAGUAGUGAAGCAAGAACGCUUCGACGUCGACGAUCCGCUGCAUCUGCUGCAUUACUUUCGCGGCCGUCGAUGCUGCCGCUGGGUGAAUUGGUACCUUCAUUCGAGACGUGCGUGCUGGUCUACAUCUCCUCUCCUCGCACCACCACAGAUGACUGUGGGAAGCAAACCCCCCGUCUGGUGUACGCGCUGUUCGAGCCCAACUUUCUCGUCGACGGCGCGAGCCGUCACGUUCGCAAGCUCGAUCGCGCAUCGUGGGAACACCUGCGCGCGCACGUCGAGGAGCUACGCAUCGUUGCGCUCUCCUCCCAACGCGACGUACCAGUUUCCGAACCUAGCAGCCCGGUGACCUCAACCACCAUCGCCACCGCAGCAGUGCGCAAACCGGACUGCGUCUUCGACCUUUCCAUGCAGACAGACGAAGCAGCGCAGCUCACCACCUCGCUGUACCUCCAACCGCACUCGUACGCCUCGGUCCCCGCGAAAAGCAAGGAGCAGCUGCUCGAGAUCGAAAUCCACGCGCCGUACGAUGAAAGCCUGGCGAAACAGAGGACCGUCUGCCUUCCUGCUCAGGUGCGUGCGGUGCUGUGUGAUGCGGAAGAGCUGAUGGACCAGACCACUCCGCCAUUGUCGCCGCUUCUGACCCCGCCGAUCGUCGCACAGCCCGGCGAGACGAGAUUCAACGACGCAGCUUUUGCUGCUACCUGCGACCGCAUCCUCCGCCUCGUCGAGAGCACAGUUUCCCUCGCCUCGUAG